GGCGCCGUCCCAAACCGCAGUCACUUGCUAUAAAUAAUGCACUAUGGUCUCCGCAAAAGCUUCUUGAUAGCAGCCAACUCUCUUUUAAUCGAACGCACAUACCCCGUAGUCUCACUGCAAGUUGCUUUGAGUAGGAAAGGAGAUCAUCUUUCGUGUGGAAAACACCGGUUUCCGUGAAGAAAGAGAGACUUCACAGUGAUCGCAAGUUACUGGAUAAUACCGUCAUCCUUCAUUUUGCAAGAUGGCCGAGCCCGUUAAUAAUGAACAACAAUACCCUCCUCAAGAAGAGGAGGUCCCCCAAGCACCCGCUUACUCUGCACCUCCUAAGGAGGAGGAGCCUGAUGAGGACAUUGAUGCCCUGAUCGAGGAUCUUUUCUCUGAGGAUAUCCAAGAGGAAGCCGAAGACGAUGACAAUGCGCCCGCCGCUGGUGAGGCCAAGCCUGUCCCCGAGGAACUUCUUCAGACCGACAUCAACCAGGGUCUUUCUACCUCUGAGGUCGAAGCCCGUCGUAAGAAGUACGGUCUUAACCAAAUGAACGAAGAGGUCGAGAACCCCUUCCUCAAAUUCAUGAUGUUCUUCGUUGGUCCCAUUCAAUUCGUUAUGGAGAUGGCCGCCUGUUUGGCCGCUGGUCUUCAAGAUUGGGUCGAUUUUGGUGUCAUUUGUGCUCUUCUGUUGCUUAACGCUGUUGUCGGUUUCGUCCAAGAAUACCAAGCUGGUUCUAUUGUCGAUGAGCUGAAGAAGACUCUUGCUCUUAAGGCUACUCUCGUUCGUAACGGUCAACUCGUUGACGUCGAAGCCAACGAGGUUGUUCCCGGUGAUAUCCUUCGUCUUGAAGAAGGUGUUAUUAUUCCCGCUGAUGGUCGCGUUGUUUCCCCCGAUGCUUUGAUCCAAAUUGACCAAUCCGCCAUUACUGGUGAGUCCUUGGCUGUCGAGAAGCACUACAACGACCCCACCUUUGCCUCCUCUGGUGUCAAGCGUGGUGAGGGUUUCAUGGUUGUUACUGCUACUGGUGACUCUACCUUCGUCGGUCGCGCUGCCUCUUUGGUCAAUGCUGCCGCCGGUGGCACUGGUCAUUUCACUGAAGUGUUGAACGGUAUUGGUACUGUUCUUUUGGUUCUCGUGCUGUUCACUCUUUUCUGUAUCUACACUGCUGCUUUCUACCGUUCCGUUGGUAUUGUCAAGAUUUUGGAAUACACUUUGGCUAUUACUAUUAUUGGUGUUCCCGUCGGUCUUCCCGCUGUCGUUACCACCACUAUGGCUGUCGGUGCUGCUUACUUGGCUGAGAAGAAGGCCAUUGUCCAAAAGCUUUCCGCUAUUGAGUCUCUUGCUGGUGUCGAGGUUCUUUGCUCUGACAAGACUGGUACUUUGACCAAGAACAAGCUUUCUUUGGGUGAGCCUUUCACUGUUUCUGGUGUUUCUGGUGAUGAAUUGGUUUUGACUGCCUGUUUGGCCGCUUCCCGUAAGCGCAAGGGUUUGGAUGCCAUUGACAAGGCUUUCCUUAAGGCUUUGAAGAACUACCCCGGUCCCAAGAGCAUGCUUUCCAAGUACAAGAUCAUCCAAUUCCAACCCUUCGACCCCGUCUCCAAGAAGGUUACUGCUUACGUUGAAGGCCCCGAUGGCCGUCGCUGCAUUUGUGUCAAGGGUGCUCCUCUCUGGGUUUUGAAGACUGUUGAGGAGGACCAUCCUAUUCCCGAAGAGGUUCUUACUGCUUACAAGGACAAGGUCGGUGAUCUUGCUUCCCGUGGUUACCGUUCCCUUGGUGUCGCUCGCAAGUUUGAUGGUCAACACUGGGAGAUUCUCGGUAUUAUGCCCUGUUCUGAUCCCCCUCGUCACGAUACUGCUAAGACUAUCAACGAAGCUAUGCACUUGGGUCUCCGUGUUAAGAUGCUUACUGGUGAUGCUGUCGAUAUUGCUAAGGAAACUGCUCGUCAAUUGGGAAUGGGUUCUAACAUUUACAACGCUGAACGUCUUGGUCUUACUGGUGGUGGUGACAUGCCUGGUUCUGAAGUUUACGAUUUCGUUGAGGCUGCUGAUGGUUUCGGUGAGGUGUUCCCUCAACAUAAGUAUGCUGUCGUCGAUAUUCUUCAACAACGUGGUUACUUGGUUGCUAUGACUGGUGAUGGUGUUAACGAUGCUCCUUCCUUGAAGAAGGCCGAUACUGGUAUUGCUGUCGAAGGUGCUACUGAUGCUGCUCGUUCUGCUGCCGAUAUUGUCUUCCUUGCUCCUGGUCUUUCCGCCAUUAUUGAUGCUUUGAAGACUUCUCGUCAAAUUUUCCAUCGUAUGUACUCUUACGUUGUUUACCGUAUUGCUCUUUCUCUUCACUUGGAAAUCUUCUUGGGUCUCUGGAUUAUCAUUCAAAACCGUCUUCUUAACUUGGAACUUAUUGUCUUCAUUGCCAUUUUCGCUGAUGUUGCUACCUUGGCCAUUGCUUACGACAACGCCCCUUACUCUAUGAAGCCCGUCAAGUGGAACCUUCCCCGUCUGUGGGGUCUUUCCACCGUCGUUGGUAUUGUUUUGGCCGUCGGUACUUGGAUUACCAACACUACUAUGAUUGCUCAAGGUCAAAACCGUGGUAUCGUUCAACACUUUGGUGUUCAAGACGAGGUCUUGUUCUUGGAAAUCUCCCUUACUGAGAACUGGUUGAUUUUCAUUACCCGUUGCAACGGUCCCUUCUGGUCUUCUCUUCCUUCUUGGCAAUUGUCUGGUGCUGUCUUGAUCGUCGAUAUUCUUUCUACUAUCUUCUGUAUUUUCGGUUGGUUCAAGGGUGGUCACCAAACCUCCAUUGUUGCCGUUAUCCGUAUCUGGAUGUACUCUUUCGGUAUCUUCUGCAUCAUGGCCGGUUUCUACUACAUUCUUUCCGAGUCCGCCUCCUUUGACCGCUUGAUGAAUGGCAAGCCCGCUCAUCCUGCCAAGGAUCCUCGUAGCAUCGAGGAUCUUGUUGUUGCCCUCCAACGUACUUCUACUCGCCACGAGAAGGAGAACUAAAUGGCUCAGGAGUUUUGAGCUUGUGAGCUGGAGGGCGACCUUAUUGACUGCGCUGGAUCCUAAUAUCCUAUACGUUGCCUUCUUGUUCCUUGUUCUUUUCCUUAUCCCGCGCCUUUUUGUUCAAACUAUCUUUUUGGACGGCAGCAUUUUGCCGCAGGCAAAGUGCCGGUUCGCUAUUUUAUGCUACAUAGAUUGUUUAAAGUUCACUAAGGUCGCCGAUGCGAAUUUCAUUAGCGAUACUUUCUUUCUAAAUCGUCGGCGGCCAACAACUCUCGUUUCUCAAUACUCUUAUUUGGUGGAUCGCUCCACCUAGAUGACUAAUUCCAAUGGAACACGUUUCUGGGAAAU